GAGCAUGCGCGGUAGAAGAAAAAGCGGAACUGAUGCGCGGUUUCCAGCUAAUUGUGCUCACAUUGAAACGAUCAUAUAUGUGUUAAUAAUAUUGAUGGAAUCUGGGUUACAUUUCUCCCAAUACACAGAUUGAGAAUCUGUCCGAUACGUCACGUCACAUAUGUGAACAUGCCCCGCAGAAAGAGAACCACAGGCAGCAGUUCAGAUGGGACAGAGGACUCGGAUUUCUCUGCCGAUCUUGAGCCAACCGAAACAGUCAGAAACGCAAAGCAACGUAAGAACGCGCGCCUGACUCGAACGUCGGUACGUCUCAGCCAAAGCACUCAAGAUAACUCCAUAGUACAAAGCAGUUCUCCUGCAGCUGUGGCCCCCGAAGAAGUUUUGGAGGCAGCAGUGUUUUCCACAGGGCGCAGAAUCACGCGCAGCCAGCAGGGCACGACAAACACCACGGCCAAAAAGUACCCGCUGCGCCAGGGCAGAACAUCAGGUUCAGAUGUGGAGCCUCAUGCAGUAAUAAAGCAGGCGGCAGACCACGACGAGACCCCUCCCCGCACGCCGACCGGCAAUGCCCCGUCUUCCGAGUCAGACAUUGAGGCCUCCAGCCCUGGCAACGACCUUGUGUCUUCCAGCAACGAUGUCAUAGUUUCUCAAGAGGAAGACGAGAGAUUGGCAAAGGAGCUUUCCCUUAAAGAGGCUGCCGCUCACGACCUUUCCCACCGGCCCAAGCGGCGGCGCUUUCACGAGAGCUACAACUUCAACAUGAAGUGCCCUACACCUGGGUGUAACUCACUGGGUCACCUGACCGGCAGACAUGAGAGACACUUCUCCAUAUCGGGAUGUCCUCUUUAUCACAACCUUUCAGCUGACGAAUGCAAGGGCAAACCAUCAACUCGCGAAAAACAGGCCGAGGAAAGGACCCUGUCUCACCGGCAAGACGAGAAUAGACACUCCACGAGGCACCAGUCCCCAACAGAGUGUCAGCUGCGCUACAAGGAGAAGGUGACUGAGCUGAGGAAGAAGAGGAACUCUGGCCCCAAUAAGGAGCAGAAAGAAAAGUACAUGGAUCAUCGUCAGAGCCACGGGACCUGUCGCGAGCCCCUGCUGGAGAACAUCACCAGCGACUACGACCUGGAUUUGUUCAGGAAAGCGCAGGCACGUGCCUCGGAGGACCUUGAGAAGCUUCGUCUGGCGGGUCAGGUGUCGGAGGGGAGCAACAUGAUUAAAAUCAUUGUGUUUGGUCGCUACGAACUGGAUACUUGGUACCACUCUCCGUACCCGGAGGAAUAUGCCCGCUUGGGAAGGCUGUACAUGUGCGAAUUCUGCCUUAAGUAUAUGAAGAGCCAAACCAUCCUGCGCAGACACAUGGCUAAGUGUGUUUGGAAGCAUCCCCCUGGCGAUGAAAUCUACCGAAAAAGCAACAUCUCAGUCUUCGAGGUGGACGGCAAGAAGAACAAGAUUUACUGUCAGAACCUGUGUCUACUGGCCAAACUCUUCCUGGACCACAAGACUCUGUAUUACGACGUUGAACCUUUCCUCUUCUACGUGAUGACUGAGGCUGACAACACAGGUUGCCACCUAGUCGGGUAUUUCUCCAAGGAGAAAAACUCUUUCCUAAACUACAACGUGUCCUGCAUCCUCACUAUGCCACAGUACAUGAGGCAAGGCUACGGCAAGAUGCUAAUAGACUUUAGUUACCUGUUGUCGAAGGUGGAGGAGAAAGUGGGUUCGCCAGAGCGCCCCCUAUCUGACCUGGGCCUUAUCAGCUAUCGUAGUUACUGGAAGGAGGUGCUGCUACGCUACUUGAACAACUUUCAAGGGAAGGAAAUCUCUAUUAAAGAAAUCAGCCAGGAGACGGCAGUGAACCCUGUGGACAUCGUCAGCACGCUGCAGUCCCUCCAGAUGCUGAAAUACUGGAAGGGCAAGCACUUGGUUUUAAAGCGACAGGACCUCAUCGAUGACUGGAAAGCCAAGGAGCGUAAACGUGGCUCGGGAAAAACCAUCGACCCCACAGCUUUAAAGUGGACGCCGCCAAAAGGGACGUAAAAGAUCUUCAACACAACACACAUCCUCUUUUGGCACACACACACAAACACACACACUCACACUGGUCUAGUUCACUUGCAGCAGCUUCUUACAGAGUCAGAUAUUAGUGCAAGUUUGGCACUCGUUGGAAUUUCGACAAUAUACUUUAGUUUUUGUCUCUUUGGUUACUGCUUCACAUUGUCCUGGAUAAGAAAGAAAAAGUCAUUACGUGUGUUUUCAAUCCUACUAACACUGACCUGACUGAGCUCUGACUGGGAAAAAACUUGAAAGUUAUUUAUUGCUCCAAAAUAACAAUAAAAAAAAAAGUUUGCCUAAUAGGAAACUCA